AUGGAAAUUGCACCAUUAUUAAGAAAAUGUUUAGAAAAUGUUAUUCAUAGCCCACCUAAACAACGUUCAUCAAGAUGGAUAUCAUCAAGUGUACCUGAAAAUCGUUGGAAUACACCAUUAGCAUCAACAUCAUCGCCAGAUUAUCAUGUAAAUAAUUUAUGUAGUCCAGUUCUAUUUCAAGAAGCAUUAAAACAUAUUCCAUCCAAUGCUCUUACAAUUGAAUUAGCACCACAUUGUCUUCUUUUAGCUAUUAUUAAACGAUCAUUAAGUACAGAUUGUGUACAUUUAAAUUUUAUGAAACGUGGUACACAUAAUCAUAUAAAUUAUUUUUAUACAAACUUAGGUAAACUAUAUAAUGAAGGUGCAAAUAUAGAUAUUAUGAUAAAUUAUCCUCAAAUUGAAUAUCCAGUACCAGUUAGUGUUCCAUUUAUAUCUCCUUUGAUAGCAUCUCAAUGGGAUCAUUCACAACAAUGGAAAAUUCCAACAUUUGAAAUGUUUACACAAUCAGGUUCAGCUCAACAAGCUAAACAUGAAAUUGAUCUUAAUGAUAGCAGUGAAUAUUCAUUUAUAAUUGGACAUCAAAUUGAUGGUCGUUGUUUAUUUCCUGCAACUGGUUAUCUUGUUUUAGUAUGGAAAACAUUUGCUAAAUUACAUAAUUAUGAAGAUUAUCGUCAAAUGUCUGUUUUAUUUGAACAAGUACAAAUACAUCGUGCAACAAUAUGUUCAUUAACAACAAAACUUAUUUUUUAUGUUAAUAUUUUACCAACAAAUGGUACAUUUGAAAUUAUUGAAAAUAAUACAAUUAUUGUUACUGGAAAAAUAUCAUUAAGUGAACAAUUAACAAUGCAAAAAUUUCAUAAACAUGAUGAAAUUAAUUCAAAAGAUAAUAAUUAUUUACAAACAAAUGAAAUUUAUCGAGAUUUUAAUCUUCGUGGUUAUGAAUAUUCAGGUUUCUUUCGUGGAAUUAAACAAAUAAAUAUUGAUGGAACAAAUGGUGAAUUAACUUGGAAUAAUGAUUGGAUAUCCUAUCUUGAUACAAUGUUACAAGUACAUCUUAUACCAUCAAAAGGUUUACAACUACCAACACGUAUUGAUUCAUUACGUAUUGAUCCAAAAUUACAUGUAGAAUCAAUAUCAUCAUCAUCAUCAUCAACAUGUUCAGUUUAUGUUGAUUAUUGGAAUAGUCUUUGUUUUUCAGGUGGUAUUGAAUUAAUUGGUUUACAUUGUACAGGUACAUCGAAAAAAAAUAAACAACAAAAUACAAUACUUGAAUCAUAUUUAUUUACACCAUUUAAUAAUGAAACUAUUGAUAAUGAACUUAAUAGUUGUUUAUAUUUAAUACUUGAAAAUACAUUAACAACAACAUUAUCUUUAUGUCAAAUUGGAAAUGAGAAAUUAACUGAAGAAAUUUUUAAUUUCUAUUCCCAACAACCAUCGAUUAAAUCAUUUGAAUAUACACUUGUUACAUCUUUGCCAGCAGAAGAAAUGAAUUCAAAAUUAAAUUUAAUUGAGAAUUUAUCUUCA